AUGGCCUCCAGCAGCUCACCACCAACACCUCCCUUGAAGAAGAGGAAGUUGUCGUCUUCGUCCGUAGAGGAGAACCACCGGACUGCCACCACCGACACCGCCUUUCAGUAUCUACCGGACGUAAAAACCACCGACUGCUCCAAAUUUGAUGGGGAAUUACUACACGAAGAAAUCAUAGGCGAAAUCCUGGUGAGGUUGCCGUCGGUAAAAUCUCUAAUCAAGUGCACCGACGUGUGUAAGUCUUGGAAAUAUCUGAUAGAAAGCCCGUCCUUCAUUGACGCCCAUCUCCGACGCCGCAUCUUCCUCGACCAAAACCAAGUUGCUGAUAAUGAUGAUGACCAACUUCUUGAUGAUGAUGAUGGUGAUGUCGGUAGUCUCCAUCUACUAAAAGGACCCUUCCAUUUUAAGGGAUACUUGCUGUAUUGGGAUAAGCCUGAUUCUGUUUCUGCAUCUUUCCUUAGAUUUGAUAGUACUAACAGCAAGGCUAUAACUAAUUUCAGUUCGACUCACGGCGAACUUACUUCUUUCGAUUACGAUCUGGCCGGGACUUGCAACGGCCUCAUAUGCCUUGCUAAUGAUGAGGACUUCACCCCCGAAGUCCCCGCAAUAAUGUGGAACCCUUCGGUUAGAAAAUUCGUGACUUUGCCCCCUUCUACCAUUACCAUCCCUUGGACCAACGAAGAAGAAGAAGAAAACGUUAACUUGCCAUAUUACAUUUCUACUUCGUUCGGCUACGAUUCCCGCACCAAGGACUACAAAGUUUUGAGAAUAAUUUUUAGUAAUGAUCAUUCUUUUUAUCCUGCCGGGAACACCCCGUAUGGGGUUGAGGUUUACUCUUUAGCCAGAGGCUCCUGGAAGAUUCUUAGUCCUCCUCCUCCAGCUCCACCUGCUGUUUCUUUUCCUGGUUGCCAUCCUUUCUGUAAUAACAACCACAAAUGUCCUAGGAAUGUUUUCGUCAAUGGUGCCGUGCACUGGCUUCUGCCCCACGAUCAAAGCUUUGGCGAAGAUGUUGUUAAAGAAAUCAACCCCAUCUCAUUGAAAGGCCUUCACAAAUCUAGAAUAAAGAAUUCUAAAACAUUCACUAAAGUUGGUUAG